AUGCUGGAUUUCCCUGAUGCACCACCUCUUCCGUCUUUGAUGUCCAAGGAUCCAGAUAUCCUUAAAACCGUGGACGAAAGACUUUCUUAUGACAAAAGCUCAUCGCAAUGGUUUUUCGAGGUGAAUAACGAUAAUAAAUCAACAGAGUACUAUUAUAACUUUAUACUCGAAAGAUGGAUACCAACAGCAGAGAUUGAAGAUAACGGCCGGAAAAGAAGUCGUGAGGAUGAAACCAUCCAUGACGAAGAAGAAGAGAAUAAAUUAGCUAUCAAGAAUUUGAAAAAGCAGAAGCUUAAAGAAAUGAAAGAACAAAUGAAUAAAUCUAAAGCAGAUGGCAAUAAGAAUAAAUCUACGUUUGAAAAUACCGGGGUGUAUGUCUCGCAAUUACCAGGGGAUAUUACGAAGGACGAGCUAAUGGUGACCUUUAGUAAAUAUGGAUUGAUAUCAGAAGAUUAUAAGACAGGUGAACCACGAAUUAAAAUAUAUCACAACGAUGGUCAACGUGACGAUCAACGCGAUGCAUUGAUAAUAUAUCAUAGUAAAGAAAGUGUUUCUUUGGCUAUUGAGAUGCUUGAUGACUCCUCCAUAAGACCACCAUCUGAUAAGGAUCAGACAAAGAUAAAAGUUCAACCGGCUGAGUUUAAGAAAUCAGACUCAGACACAACUAACGACAAGAAAAAAACGCUCACAUAUGAAGAGAAAAAGUUGUUAAAUAAGAAAAAAGAAAUGAUGAAGAAAAAGCUAUCAAGUUGGGAUGAUGAUGAAGGAACCAUACAGGCAGGAGACCUGGAUAAAACUAAUAAUAUUAAAAAGAGAAUCUGGGACAAGAUUGUGGUUAUAGAGAAAAUGUUUCGAAUUGAGGAAUUGAAGAGCGAUCCUUUAUUAGAAAUGGAUUUGAAGGAAGAUAUUCAAGACGAAUGUAAUAAGCUCAAUAUAGGAAAUGAUGUCACAAAAAUUACUAUCUAUGAUGUAAGUGGCAUAAUCACUGUUAAAUUUAAUAACGGCGAUCUGAGCUUAAAAUGCAUUGAAAGCUUCAGUGGAAGAUAUUACGAUGGUCUAACACUUAAAGCCUAUCUCUAUCAAGGGGAGAAGUUCCAAAAAACGAGCCAAGAUAAGGAGAAUGAAGGUGAAAGGCUUGAUAGCUUUGGAAAUUGGUUAGAGAAGAAAUAA